GGAGGAGGAGGAGGGGGAGGAGGGGGAGGAGGGGGAGGAGGAAGGAAGAACAGAUGCGGAAGAGUUCCACGCGGCUACCCAGGCGGUGCUCCACCUUCGCGCGGUGGUGGCGGAGGAGGAGGGGGGUGAUGUUGAGACCCUUUUGGGGCAGCUGGAGGAGGAAUCGCUGCUACUGCUGGCCACAGCGCUGAAGGAGGUCGGCUGUGGCAAACAGGCCGGCGAGUAUGCGCGGCUCGGGAUGCGACGGUUCCCCGAGGAACGGGGGUUCCGCGAUGUGCUCGAGGCGGUAGAGUCCAUGGCAGAGGGGAAGGGUGGUCGCGCGAGGAGGCUGGUAUAUCCAUGGAACUCCCACGAACCCGAUAGGUUCUCGGCCGAGACCGUCAUGCACCUGAAUGAGUGUGUGGUGCCUGGAAGCUCGGAUUGCGUCGAGGUGAGGGUGGUUAACCUGCCGCUUCUGAGCGAGACCGCCGAGGUACUCGGUGUGACGAAGCACUUGGGCGUGUUUGCGAAGAGGGAUAUCAAGGCCGGCGAGAUUUGUAUGCGCGAGGAGAGCGUGCUCACGGUCGUGACGGAUCCGGUGGAGGGCGGCCUGUGCGAAUACUGUGGGUGCCGGUGGAGGAAGGAGGUAUUGCCGAGCAGGCCGAAGUUGGUGUUGAAGCUGCCCGGUGACGCGGGGACCAGCGAGGAGAAGGAGAAGGAGGAGAGGAAGGUGGAGGAGGAGGUUGUCAUCUCAGCGGAAACAUUCACAUGCGAUCUUUGCGCCGACGCGGAAGCGGAGGGAAUCGAGGCGGUCGUCCCGGUAUGGUGCUCGGCGCACUGUCGGGAUAUGGCAAUGACCAAGUACCACCCCGCACUCUGCUGUCGCCCCAUCGCACUGAUCCACCGCGCAGCACUCCAGCAAUCAGAACUGCAAAUUGCCAAGUCCUCGCAGCCUGGCGGUGCAGUCUACGCCUUGCUGAUGAUGAAGGCUUUUGCCAUGGCGCUCACUCAGGGAGUGCACCCACUCGAGCUUGAGGAGACCAAGUACCUAUAUGGCGUGCCGCCCGUCGAGGUGCUGGAGCUCCGGAUCGGCUGGGGCUGGGAGGAGAAUGUCCGUGGUGUCAUUGGCAUCCUUGAGGCGCUGGGAAUCGAUGUUUUCUCUGGGAAGCACACAUCGCUCUCUACGGAGGUGUCUCGACCAGACUGGUGGGAUACAUGGGUCGUCAACACGCUCAUCGCCAAGUUCCGCGGGACCGCCAGCGGCCGGCUGAAUGCGCACGGAGAAACAGAGGCGGCGGCGGCACACACCCUCUACUCGCUCGUCAACCACGACUGCGAACCCAGCGUCCGCUGGGAGUGCGCGGGAAUCAUGAGGUUCUGGGGCGUGGGUAAAGAUGACAGUGGCAUCGCCGUAAGGGAAGGACAGGAGCUGAUGAGCUGCUACUGUGACAACUCUCUGCCAUACAAGGAGCGUAGGGAGUGGAUGAUGGGGUGCCUGGGCGGCGCUUGUAUGUGCUCAAGGUGCUUGAGGGAGGAAAGGGAGGACAAGGAAAGGCGGUGAUGGAAGAGCGUGAGACGAAGGUAGACAAAAGUUUUGCUUAUAGACGAAGUAGAUGAGACAUUGAGGGUUAUAGAUGAGCUGAAGGCGGUGUCAGGAAAGCUCGACUAUAUUCAGGCACCGUUUUCUUAGCUUCCGAGUGAUCGGAAUGAUGCUAUCCCGUCUUACCCGAGAGUGUCCAGGUACACCAUUACCAGUACGAC